UUCCCAGCAGUAGUCAGAUGGCAGGACCUGGGUGCCCAGGUCAGACUCCCACCCAGAGCCCAGCAACCAUGGUGGACCCAGAUGGAGGACAGCGCCCUGGCCCAGGUCGUGACUCUGACAACGGCCCCAUCAGCGGCUGCUGUAUUGAGGUGGCCACACACCACACUUCCCAGCCUUCGUCCCUGCUGGUGCUCUCAUCCCAAGCCUGGCCUCCCUCAGCCUCAGUAAAACAGGGGCAACACUGGGUGCCUAGAAUGUGGGGCUGCUGAGAGGCCACGUGAGCAAUGCACAUGAACCGCUUAGUGGAGGACCCAGCAUACAGUAGGUGCUCAAUAACAGAGGCUACAAAUACAAGCAUCCUUUGUGUUGGAGUCUCAUCCAUCCUGAAGACAGAGAGAGCAUGCAUUCCAUUAUUUCAACAGACACAUGUGGAUGGUGGAUGGCAGCGGUCGUGCACGUCGGGGCGAAGGCAUGAAGCCUAAGGCAGGCCCCGGUGAGGAGAUGGACUCCAGGAGCUCCCAGCCAGGGGAGCAAGAUGUGACAGAGGCAGGGGCUGCCCAGGAACUUCGGUGGGUGGAGCUGGGCUCCGAGGGCUCCGAGGGCUCCGAGGAGGCCCUGGGAGCCAGGACAGAAGGUCCCAGGGCUCCGCAAGCCGGGGGGCGCCUGCUGCAAGCCGUGUGGUGGGGUCAUCUCGGCCUGGCAACAAAGCUACUGCGUCAAGGGGCCAGUGUGGAGGAGAGGGACCACACGGGCAGGACCCCGCUCCACCUGGCCGUGCUGCGCGGCCACGUGCCCCUGGUGCGUCUCCUGCUGCGGCGCGGGGCGGCGGUGGCAGCUGCCGACCGAGCCGGGCGCACACCUCUCCACGAGGCCGCCUGGCACGGGCACUCGCGGGUGGCCGAGCUCCUUCUGCGGCGCGGGGCCCCCGCGGCGGCGCUCUCGGGGGCCGGCCUCACGCCGCUGCACUGGGCCGCGGCGCUGGGCCGCACUCUGCUGGCGGGGCGCCUGCUGGACGCGUCGGGACCCGGCCCCGCGGCGGCGGACGCGCGCGGCUGGACGGCGGCGCACUGGGCGGCGGCGGGCGGCCGGCUGCCGGUGCUGGAGCUGCUGGCGGCGGAGGGCGCGAGCCUGGACGGGGCCCUGACCGUGGCGGCCGCGGCGGGGCGCACGGCUGCGCUCCGCCUCCUCCUGGCGCGCGGGGCCCGGGUGGACGCCCGGGACGUUGUGGGGACCGCAGCGCUCGGCGUAGCGGCGAGCCUGGGCCGCAGGCAGGACAUGGAGGUGCUGCUUGACCACGGGGCAGACCCCAGCCUCAAGGACAGGCACAGUCGCUCUGCACUCCACAGGGCUGCUGCCGGGGGACACCUGCCCGCUGUCCAGCUGCUAGCAGCCUGGGGAGCAGAAGUGGAUGCUCGCGACUUGCUGGGCCUCACACCCCUACACCACGCUGCUCGGGGAGGCCACGCAGAGGUCGCCAGCCACCUCCUAGACAGGGGAGCGCAGGUCAAUGCUGCUGGAUGGCUCCACAAGACCCCCCUUCACCUUGCCCUGGAGCAUGGCCACGGCCCCACUGCAGAGCUUUUGCUGAGCCGAGGGGCUAGCCCCACCCUGAGGACACGAUGGGGUGAAGUGGUCCAGGACCUGCUGUCCGAGGGAGCCUGCCCCAGGCACUGCCCACCCUUUGCAGAGAGCAGGAGUGGGAGGGGCACAGAGCCCCAGAGGCCCCCAGCUGGACAGAAGUCUUCCGGCUCCCAGAGUCUUCGGUGUGCACCAGUUCCUCUCUUCUGGACCGAGCCUGCCUGCCUCCCUGAGGGGAGGACAGCAGAGGGGUUCCCAGAAGAGAAGGGGGGCAGUGACUUGAGCUCCGCUAAUGGACCUGGGACUGCUCCGCAGCCCCCUGGGAUCACGUCUCCCCUGCAGCUGCAGCCUCCUCCACACUCUGCUUUAGUAGAGACUGAGUCGUGGCAACAGAUUUGACUGAAACCUGACAGUCUCCUGUGUCCACCAUGGGGUUGUCACCCUCAGCUGUUCUCGCUGUGACAUGGGGACGUUCUUACUGUGUUUCCUUCAUUAUAUCUGGUAUUUGCCUGUUGGCACCCA